CCUGAAGUCUGUGCGUGAACCUAAUCGAGACAAUGGCAGAAGCUGCUCCAGCCCCCGCUGCGGCCCCAGCAAAGGCCCCCAAGAAGAAGGCACCCCGACCCAAGAGAACUGGCCCAAGUGUGGGCGAGCUCGUCGUCAAGGCAAUCUCUGCCUCUAAGGAAAGGAAGGGAGUUUCUCUGGCUGCGCUGAAGAAGGCAUUGGCGGCCGGUGGGUACGAUGUGGAAAAGAACAACGCUCGUGUCAAGGUGGCCAUCAAGAACUUGGUCACAAAGGGAACUCUGAUCCAGACCAAGGGAACUGGCGCUUCCGGAUCCUUCAAGCUGAACAAGGCAGCGGAAAAGAAGCCCGCAAAGAAGGCAGCUCCUAAAGCCAAGAAGCCAGCAGCAAAGAAGCCUGCCGCGGCCAAGAAGCCCAAGAAGGCAGCAGCCAAGAAGCCGGCGGCCGCGAAAAAGUCUCCCAAGAAAGCAGCCAAGAAGCCCGCCACGCCGAAGAAGGCAGCGAAGAGCCCGAAGAAGGCCAAGAAGCCCGCUGCACCCAAGAAGGCAGCAAAGAGCCCCAAAAAGGCAAAGGCAGCGAAACCCAAGGUGGCCAAGCCUAAAGCUGCCAAGAAAGCCGCCAAGCCCAAAAAGGCGGCACCCAAGAAGAAGUAAAAGUAAAGUUGUAGGCCUACUCUUCUGACCGAUUAACAAAAAGGCUCUUUUAAGAGCCACUCAAAUCUCUGAAUGCGUGUAUUCCUUUUAGUGUCUACUAUGGUUGAUUGUGCAUACAUUAGCGUUCAA